CAACAGUUUGCUUAGUGAUGAACACGUUGCUACACGAAUUUGUUCAAAGAGUCUGAAAUGUCAGGUGCGGAAAUGUUUGAAGAUGGAAAGUAAUAUGGCUGACGUCUCAAACCACAGAUCCUCAGACAAUGAUUAGAUGAUUUUCCAGCCCAUCUUAGCUCUGCUUCACAAACAUGGUGCCUGACUUUGAAACUACAGAUUCUGACCAUCAGCCCAUCAUGAAGGCACCACAAUCUCCAUCACCCAGAAAGCCGCUCAAUCCAUAUGUGGCUUCAACUCAUGGUGACUUUGGUGAAGAGCGCCAGUUUCUGAGAGAGACCAUUUUUCCUCAGAUUGAUGCUGCUUGUCAGAAAAGGGGCACAUACUUUUGCCCAACAAACAUGGAAUGGAAGCCAACCCAUCCUCAAGUUUUGGCAGGCACUGGACUGAGGCUCGCUCUUGACCAGGUGUGUCGAUCUUCCCCAUUCCUGAUUUGCAUGAUUGGGGAGCGUUAUGGAGAGUACCGCCCAGAAUGUUCUCCGCCUUUGCCCAAGACUGUCACGGAUCUGCCUGAUGAUGCAGACUGGCUGGACCAGAACUACAUGGUGGCCGCUUCAGCUGGGUAUACAUGGCUUCUGGGUGAAGCUCACCAGAACUGCAGUAUGCUGGAGUUAGAGGUCAUGCAGGCUGCCUUUCUCAGUGACAAUGACCAUUGCCUAUUCUACUUUCGCCAACCAGAACACCUAGAUGACAUGUUUCCAAACCUGUCAGCACAUCGACGUCAAAAGAAAAUGGCGAAAUAUUUAGCAGAAGAUGAGGAAUCCAGACUUCGGGUGAGAGACCUCAAGCAGCGAAUUAUUAAAAAGGGAUUAGCGGUGAAGUAUUACCGGUCUCUGCAAGAUCUGGGUGAUUCAGUUCUGGAUGACUGGAUUGCCGUUUUGGACAUGUUGUAUCCUCCACUCCAGGAUGCUUUUUUAAAUAUUGGUACAGAAGAAUUUGUGGGGCAGACAGCUCACCAGAUCUUUGCCGAGACUCGCAGAAAUGUGUUUCUUCGAACUCCUGAGUUAUGUGACAUCAUUGAGAAGCUAGGUGACUUUGCAGCCUCAUGUAUGGAAGAGAGCCAGAAAGAUGAACCAGAUCUUAUGGAGCAGUUUCAGGCUUACUCUGUCACCACUUACCACAGGAAAAAGAAAAAGGAAGGAGUUAGCACAAAGGCAAUAUUUGCAGUUACAGGAGACAGAGGCAGUGGAAAAUCAUCUAUUAUCUCAAACUGGCUGAAGGUCUUUGAACAAGACAACCCGGACAUCAAAGUAAUCACGAACUUCAUAGGCAGCACUCCCAGGAGCACUGACAUAACUCUUUUCAUGCGGCAUUGUAUAAGUGAAUUGAGACAACAUUACAUGCUUAGAGGGGUUACUGGAGUUAAGUCAAUUCGAAUGGCAUCGUAUGAGACCACAAAGUAUACAGAGACAUGUGAGGCCUUCAUGGCUGCUCUUUAUCUGGGGCCCUGUGUCCUUGUCUUGGAUGGGUCCGAAAGGCUAGGAUGUACUCUGGGGCAGUCAGUUCUUCAGGUCAAAAAGCUAGGCUGGCUGCCUCAGCCCCUCCCUAACCAUUGUAAGGUGAUAGUGACCUGUGUUAGUUCAGACUUGAUGUACAAGUCCUUGCAAGCUCGACAAGAUGUGCAGUUUGUCUCCUGCCCGAUGGUUGUUACUUUGGAUGGCUGUAGGAAGUACCUCAGUGAGCACAUGGGUUCGAUGUUCUCUCACGUAAAGCACAGACAUUUGGCAAAGGUCUGGGAGGGCAACCCAAAGCUAAAAACAUGUCCUCUGUUUCUCUCGCUUCUGGUAAAUGAGCUGAAGUGUUACGAUGUCUACUCAGACCUUGACCCCUAUCUGGAGAACCUUGCAGAGGUGGUCGGAAUCCGAGAAUUCUGGGGACGCUGCCUUCAUCGAUGGAUACAGACAUAUAGCUGGACAAUAGAGCAGUUUACAAAUGUCAUAGACAGCAAUUCAUCUACCACAGAGAGAUUUGCAAUGGUGGGCUGGGUGCCAGAUGCUUUGCGCCUCAUAGCCGUGUCACGCUUUGGCCUCAGCAAAUCAGAACUGUUAUCUGUUCUGAUGAGAAUUGGAUAUGUUGGUCGAGCAGAGGUUAGCGAGUUUGACUGGCUGCUGUUUAGGGAGGUUCUAGGGGAUUCCAUAUAUGAAGGACCUGGUGGUCUACUCAACUUUUCCCAUCAUCAUCUUAGAGAUUGCAUUGAGUAUAUUUUAUUAGGCUGUGUUAGGCCAGGAUCAGGGGAGACAACUUCACUACAUGUCCCACUUACAGACUGGCAGAAGGAUAAGGCAGUCUUCCACAUGUAUUUGGCUAACUAUUUCUCAUCCCACCCUUCAUUGCAAAGGCGUGUGGAAGAACUACCCUGGCAUCUGCUUAUGGCAAGAGAAACUACAAUGUUAGAGAAAGUGUUGACCAAUCCACAGCUUUUCCUAACUCUAGCUGAUGAAGAUCACUUGUGGCCAGGUCAUAGACAGGAUCUGCGAUUUUACUGGUCACUCCUGAAACAAACAGGCCUCUUACCUGGGGACAGUCACCUGAAAAUGUUAGCCUCUGUUGGCUUUGAUCUCCAGAUUAAAGACGAAGUCAAGGGAUUAAAUGAAUCUUCAAAUAGCACAAGUUUAGCUUCCUUGGGGGACAUCCAAGCGAAGGGCCCACCAAAGAUCGUCACAGCCCCUCCCUCAGAUUUAGCUGAUCUGCACCAUGAGGUGUUACCCACUGAAACCCCGGACUCCAGUUUUUCCACAUUUAUGACAGAGAGUGAAAGAGAUGUUAAAGUGUCUCACAUGAAAUGGUUUGGAAAUGAAGAAAGCCCUGAUUCUGCAUUACCUGCCCAUUUGAACGAUCAUAAUAAAGAAUACGUUGAAAUGGGAGACAACUCCAUGUUGAGUCCUGGGAUGCGUAUGAAGCUAGCCUGGAGUACUGCCAGCUUCCUAGCUGAGCUUGGAGAGAGAUCUGCAGCGGAGAGCGUUCUUGCAGCCUUGCACAGUGUGCUGCUUGCUGAAUCACCCCUGUUGCCACAGCAACAACUUCUCCUCAGUCAAACACAGGAAAGACUCGGUGGAAUUUACAUGGCAUAUGGAGAUCGAGAGCUGGGUGAGACAUUAUACAGGAAGGCAACCAAAACACUGACAGACAUCGGUGACUCUGAUACUAGCACUGUCACAGAUUUCAGCAAAUCUGUUCUUGAUCUGAAAGGUAAAGUUUUGGCUCACCAUGGAGAGAUGAUGCUUCGGGAUGGCUUUGACGAAGAUGCAGAAGAGUUCUUUGAGGAAGCCAAAGAAUGCCUGGAUGUGACGAGUGAUAUAGUUGGGAAGGCCAUGAUUUUUUUCCAGCUUGGGACUUUAAAAAUUCAGCAAGAAGACUACACUGAUGCAGAGUUGAAACUGCGUCAGUCUCUGACCUUGCGUGAGCAAUGGUUUGGCCAAACCCAUCCAUUGGUGGCUGACACAGUUUUCAUGUUAGGUCACCUCAUGUCUCUCAGAGACAACGAAAAAGGCUACAACAGGCUCUUGUCUGAGACUCUUUUCAGACGAACCCUGGAAAUAAGGGAGAAAUGUUUAGGAGAGAACCACCCCCUUGUCGCCACAACCCUCCUUCAACUGGGCAAACUGCUCCAAUGUAAUGCGAGUUUGUCAGUGAAAAGUGAGGUCAUUAAACUUCUGAGAAGAGCUCUUGAUAUAAGAACAUCUCAUUAUGGCAGCAAUCAUCCAGACACCAGAGAAGCAAGACAGUGUGUACAUGAAGUGGAAGUGUCUGUACAGUUAGGGCGGUAUGAGUUUGGGCCAGCUAAGCCUGUGGACCAUCGCACGAUUGAGAGGCCUUUCAGCAGCCUCUCAUGGAGAAAUCAUGAACUGAAGGAAAAGCAGUUGCAUUCAUCCUCGACAAAAAGGUCUCCAUCUCAGAGAUCAUCGGGAAUCAGGUCCCUUGCCUCUCCAUCUAGACCACAGUCAUCUUUGCGAUCUAUUAGCAACACCCAGCUGCAACAAGACACUCCAGAAACCAGUCACCGAAGUUUUGGUAGAUCAAGGAAGUCGCCAGAUAAGACACCUUUGAGAACAGCAGAGAAACAGCCCAAGGGGUUGCUGAAUUACAAUGUUGUUCCACUGCAGUUAAAAACACCUAUGAGGAAAGAGGAGAAGGCAAUGGAAGAUCGCCCUACCAAAGUUCCCUCGCCCUCUGCAGAAAGUGUCCAGUCUGAUUCACCUGGCCGAAAGCAAACCGAGCCUCUAAAACUGGAUAUUAGAAUGACCCCAGACGACUUUGUGAAUGAUGUUAGGUUACAGUCACCAGAUGCACCUCAAGGUAGUCCAUCCACAGUAGACAGGAAAGUGAAAAUUAACCGUCCGCUUAGUGGGCCAGCUCGACUUUACCAGCGUUUUAACAACGCAGCAAACCAACGCCUCUGUAGGGCAUCAUCAGCUGUUGAGCCUAGAGCAGGAAUAUACAACAAGAGGGCAGCACUCAAGGCAACAUCUAUGUCUUCUGUCAGUGGCUUUUCUCAUAGAUCCAGGUGUAGUGAAACACAGCUAUCUCCCAUCAAUACUAGCGAUGUGUACUCUUUAGGUGGUCCUUGCAGCAGCUUGGCCAGUCUUCUUAGUGAUGCCAGAAGCCCACAAGACUAUAUCAAACAAACCCACCACAGAUCUACUUGGUAUCAUGUUCCUGGGCGCUAUGUUACACCAGUUGAGAGACUGCCACGAAAACGGAGCCAGUUCAGGAAGCAUUCACUGUUAUCUUCAGUUCCUGACAGCAGUAAUGAUGCCCACCAGCCAAGCAUUAAGGGUGAGGGUAAGGAUAUGACAAAGUUGAAUGUGGUGGACUUUGACAGUGAAAAUGGUCACCCAUUAAUAAUGACAACUCCCCUUGCACCUUCUUCUCGGUCCCCUUCAGGAAACGUUGUGACCUUCACCGAGGCUGUUGUUGUGGGAUGAUAAAUGUUCUUGUAAAAGGUCAUAAAACAUCGACACUGAUUCUGAAAUGGAAAACAUAUCUUGAUGGAUUUGUCUCUUUUCUUCUAGUUAUAUCACAUAAACAUAAAUUUAUUUGUGGGAUCCCAAUGAAAAUACAUGUACAUGUAAAUUGUUCAACAAAAUUUUUAUACCAGGAAAUAGUAUAUUUUUCAAGCAGCAAUUGGCACCUUGUAAUAUGUUCAAAUAUUGUUUUCUGAAAUCAAGGCACUGUCUCAAUAAUGCUUGUAGCAGGUCCAAGCUGAAAAGUGCUAAUAGUUUGUAAUCUUCAUAGGUAUGUGUUCCAGAGAACAUUUGGCGUUUUGUUUGAUUAUCCUACUUUUCAGUAGCUAUAUAUAGGCUGUAUGUAGAAGACAAAUUCACAUGCAGAUUGUACAUGAAAUACUUGAGGCCUGCAUGAAACAUGCACGGUAACUCAUAGUACAUGUAGCUAACGGUGAAUGAUAUAAACUCUAUGCUUAUAUGAAUUUGUUAAAAAAUUCAGACUUUAUAAUCAGAUGUAAAUGUUUUUGAGUUUUAUAGUGAAUUUUCUGUGUAUGAUUUGUGUAGCUACAUAUACGGUAUCCUGCACAUGGACACAUGUAACAUAUACAGGAAGGUGCAAGAGUAUUCAUAUUUAUCUACAUGGGUUUUUUUUUUUUUUUGGUAUUAUUUGGUAUGCUAAUGCCAGGAAUAUUUGAAUAAUAUUAUUAAGUUUGUAAUUUUUGUGCCAUCAAAUUAAGCUUAAUCAGCAAAUAAGAUUAUUAAAAUCUUCAGAAGUCUGUUAACCGGUAGACUUCUGAUAUAUUUUAUGAAGUGAGCAUUAUGGUGAAUUUGUCUUAAAUUCUUGAAGACUGCAGUAUUUAAUAUAUGUAGAGAAGUUAGAUAUAAAUAAGGUUUAUUUUUUAUGGAAUAAUGUUUUUGAUCUGUGAACUGGUCUGUGAUAGAACAUUUUGUGUUUACAUCAUAUACAUGUACUUAUUUGACAACAACAAACUGCACGUGCGCUAUAUGGUUUAGUAUUAAAUAUGUAUGCAGAUUCCUGAUUAAUAUUUUGGUUAGACAACCCCCUUUUAAAAAUGCAUUUGUUCUUUUGCUGCUGUUGUUUUGUUGUUGUUUUUUUAAGUUAAUGAAAUGCGGCUGUUCAUCAUACAAAAUCAGUGCCAUUUGUUUACUGCUGAUUGAUACUGCCCUAGGUAAUUGUUUAUCCAACUGAUGUAAUAUCCUGAUACCAAUGUGCAAAGUGGCCCAAUAUCAAAUGAUUGUAGUGUUAAAGAUUUUAUAGAUUGUUGGCCUCAACGAAGCGCCUUAGCCUUCUCAUCCGACAAGGAGCUCCCGUAAUCUCUGAGGUGUGAAUUUCCUUGGUUGUUCCGUGUGAACCAAGAGUACUGGCACAGUUCUAGUGCUAAGGUAGAUAACAAUGCAGCUUCACACAUGUCUCGAAUUUUGCUAUUUGCGACUGAAACAAGUUGCAAGCAUUCAUUUGGUUACAUUACUCGUAUAUUUAAGGAUCUGUCCGAAAUGUGACAAUGGUGUUCUUUGUGUAUGUGCAUGGUUAGGUAUGUCGGAUGAAGUAAAUGUUAAGAUCACCUCCAAUGUCACCCUGUCCUCUGUGACGAGAUAAUUUUAGCUGGCCUCGAAUCAAUUAAUUCUGUA